CAACAAUACAUAUUCAUUUUAGUAGGACAAAAUUAUUUUGAGUUUAUGAAUUCUGGAUUCUAAAAAAUAUAACUUAUUGCAUUCUAGAUAAAUUAUGUAUACAUUUUAAGUAGAUUUCUCAACACAAAACAACUGAAUUCUUUGGUCAAACUCGUAACUAAAACUCCCUAAUUCCGCCCAAACCAUCUCUUCUAGAAAGAAAAAAAAUUACAACCAGAAAUUCAAAAAAGCUGUCGUGCCAAGUGUUCAAGAUCGUUUAUGAUGAUUUGCAUUAAUGCAUCCUUAGCCAAAUUAGCAACAAAUCUGUUUUCUCAAGAAUUGGAGGCCCAUUUUUUUGGUCAUAUUAUUAACACAUGAUUCUAGCCAAUUUACUAUGGUCUUAAUUACAUGAUGUUUACAUAUUUUCUUUCCUAUAUCACUUUGUCAAACUUAAAUACUCAAUUCCAACAACUCUCAUUUGUCUCUCUUCCAAUUUCAUCCACUAUACAUCACCAAGAAAAUUAAAAGAUGUUGGCCUAUAUUUUCUUGAUUCUUUUGGCACACCCCUUUGGUGUCAUCCCUACAAACACAACAACAACAACAAAUGGUAGCAAAAGCAUAUUCAUUUUAGCAGGACAAAGCAACAUGUCUGGUAGAGGAGGUGUAGUGAACAACAAUUUUGAUUGGUACAUUCCACCUGAAUGUCAAUCCAAUUCAUCAAUUCUAAGACUAACAAAAGGACUUUCAUGGGAAGUAGCAAAAGAGCCAAUUCAUCAAGACAUUGAUUACUAUGCAACUUGUGGGAUUGGUCCAGGCGUGUCCUUUGCUAAUUCAAUCUUGAAAAACGAUCCAAAUAUUGGUGUCAUUGGUUUGGUCCCAUGUGCUGUUGGUUCCACAAAUAUUAGCCAAUGGUCUCAAGGUUCAUUUUUUUAUAAUCAAACGUUGAAUAGGACUCGAGCCGCGUUACAAGGUGGUGGGAUGCUGCGAGCGCUUCUUUGGUAUCAAGGAGAGAGCGAUACACUAAAUCUUGAGGAUGCCGAAUUGUAUAAAUCAAGAUUGCAGAAAUUCUUUACCGAUGUACGCUAUGACUUGGAUACACCUUCAUUACCUAUAAUUCAGGUAGCAUUGACAACAACAUUAGGGCCUUAUGAGGAGGAAAUAAGAGAGGCCCAAUUGGGAAUUCAACUACCUAAUGUGAGAACAGUUGAUGCUAAUGGGCUUAAAGUAGGCCCAGAUAAUGUGCAUCUUAGUACUUCAGCAGAAGUCCAGCUUGGACAAAUGUUGGCCCAAGCAUUUUUGGAGUUUGGUUCAGAUCCAGCCCAGCCCCAUAAUUUUUUGAAAGGAUAAUUUCAGCUCCAUAAUUUUUUUUAGAAAUUAUAAUUUUAUUUAGAAUAUUAGAUACCGUGUAAUUUAGGCCUGCUGAUGUGCAGUCGAUAUAAAUUUUUGGAAAAUGUUUGAAACAUAUUAGGUUUUCCAAUAAAUAUAAUCUCUAUUGCUCUUCA